AUGGCGAUGGCACCGGGAAAAGAUGCCGGCAGUGGUGUUGCCCAGAUGAACCAGCCAGAAUCGACGCCCGGCAUGGAGCUGGAGCAUGCCAUCGGUUACUCCGAUCUGGCCGGGGGACUGUACUACCAUCCCAAUGGCACACAUUUGGUCUAUGCCGCCGGGGGUACUGUGGUGAUUUGCGACUUCAGCGACCCGCAUACGCAGCAUAUGCUAGCGGGGCACGAUGGAAUGAUCACGUGUAUCGCACUCGGUAGCUCCGGCAGAUAUAUCGCCUCUGGCCAAGGAGGACACAACUCGGAUGUCAUAGUUUGGAGUUUCCAAGACAGAGCUCUACUCUUCCGACUCGCGGAACACGAUCACGGCGUGGCCUUCGUUGACUUUUCGCACGACGAUCGUUUGCUGCUCUCUGGCGGCGUGCCCGAAGAUCGGAAGAUCUUGAUAUGGGACAUGUCCAACGGAUGUAUCGUGUCUAUUGUACAGCACGAUCCUGCUCCUACCACCGUCGCGGCAUGGGGGGGUAUGGUCAGGGAUAUCAAACGCCGUGAAACCCGAAAUUACAUGCUGGCGACCGCCGGGAACAAGAAGAUCGUGCUGUGGUCGCUUGACCCGUACUCCGGAGACAUCACUGCCAAUCGAGUGGUGUGCGAGGCGAGGGGCUCGCUUGUGCGCGAUGUCACGGCGCUUGCUUUUUCCGAGGAUGGAGAGACUUUGUGGUGCACGACUUCCACCGGGGACUUUGUUGGGGUUGAUUUGCGCACAAAGCAGAUCGUGGCGGGAACAAACCAAGGCCGGAUAUACCGCGUCCGCGUGGAAACCUUGGCCUCCAUCGUUGUCAGCGAGAACCACCGCGGCUCGGUCACCUGCGUCAGCUACGCGAGAGGCGUGUCGGACCGUUUCGCGACGGCUUCGGUGGACGGGACAGUGCGGGUGUGGGACACGUCGGACUAUGGGGUGUUGACGACGGCUGUCGUGCGGGACGCGGGGGAGCCGCUGUGUCUCGUACUCACCCAGGAUAUGAUGCUGACAGGCUGGCGAGAUGGGCAGAUUCGGUCACACGACGCGGAUACCGGCCACCUUCUUUGGUCCAUCGACAACGCGCACGCUGGCGGGGUCACUAGCCUCGUUGUCAGCCACAACGAGCGCUUCUUGGUCACCGGUGGGAUGGAGGGGGAGCUGCGGGUGUGGGAGUUGCGAUCCAGGGACUUGGUGAGUCACUUGAAGCAGCACGGCCAAAGGGUCACAUCCCUGGCGCUUUUUUGCGACGACGUUCACGCGCUCUCCGUGUCGCGAGAUCGAUCUCUCAUCUGUUGGGACCUGCGAAGCGAAAGCCAGGUUUCACACCACUCGCAAAGAAUGGGGGGCGUGAAUGCGGUAGCCCUCUCGCAAGACGAGACUACCGUAAUCACAAUGGGGCAAGAGAAGCGGGUAACCUACUGGGACCUUAGGGAGCACCAUCCUGUCCUGGCCAAGGAGCUUUCCAAAUCUAGGGACGAUGAAGGUUUAUCGUUGGCCGUGUCCCACAACGGGCGAUACGUCGCUACCGGUGGUUCAGCCGCGGUAGUCAAGCUUUGGGCAUACGACACGGUCGAUCUAAUUUUUGAAGGGACUGGACACUCAGGCGCCAUUGCCGGGCUCAGCUUUAGUCCGGACGACAAACAGCUAACGUCGGUGGGCGCAGAUGGCAACAUUUUCGUUUGGAACAUUUUUGGGUGA